UCCAAUCAGCAUCAAGUAAACCCCAAGCCCCAGCCAGGAGUCUUUCGGGGCCGUUCUGAGUACCUACACCGAGGCAGGGACUUGUUUAGCCCCUGUAAAAGAUCCGGAACUCUGUCCUUAGGGGGUGGUUCCUGCGGUGGAGACACGCACCAACGGCCCCGGCCCCGUAAAAUUAUCCCUUAGUUCCUGCGGUGGAAACGGGCCUACAGAGUCUCUUGAGGCGGUUUCAUUUUAACUUUCACUUUCAGCCUCUUCCAACCAUUUCUCCACACUUAACAGCCGCUAACACUAUUUUAACCUAGCAUAGCUAGCUUGUGAUGUUUUUAUCUUGUGAAUAACGUCAUGUGACAUGCUCCUCUGGGAAAGCAACUUGGUUUUUCUCCCGUUUUUGAGUUUAACCGACGAAGAGUGAAGAUGUGGCCGUGUGAGACAGCAGCCAUGGUGCUAGCCGGGUGGCUGUGUGUUACACGGCUGGCUGCUGUGUCCGCAGACACUGAGAUUUCAGUCUACAAGAAGGUGGGCGAUGAAGUCGUCCUCAAGUCAGACACCACUGCCGGCCCCAUCACCAACAUCAUGUGGAAGCAUGGUCAAAACAUCGCCGUCCAGUGGGAUGGAGUCGAGGUCGAUCGCUAUCGUCAGUUCAUAGAUCGUGGUGACCUAAACAUCUCAACUGGAGAGCUGACGAUCAAAGAACUGACUAAAAAUGACAGUGGACUGUACACACCAGAAAUCAACAACAUGAUCAAGACUACAACUCAUCUCUUUAUCAUCUCUCCCAUCCAGAAACCGGAUGUUAGAAAAUCCUGUGACGAUGAGACCAGCUGUAUUUUGAGCUGUGAUGGAGACACCACAGGUGCUGAACCAGUCAGCUACAGCUGGAUGUCAGAUGACAAGGUCUUAGGUUCAUCUAAGACGCAACAUAUUACAAAGGCCACCAGUUUAAGUGUAACUGAGUUCAGAUGUAAACUGUCGAAUCCAGUCAGUCAGGAGCUCAGCGCCCCACUCCCCAACCCGUUCGUCACAACUGAUCCACCUGCAGGAAAACUGAACAUUUCCACAGGAGUCACAGUCUUCAUCAGUCUGCUGAUAGCUGUGCUGCUGCUGGUUGCCGUUCACAGAUGUAAAGCAGGAAUGUGGUUCUUCCAAAAAUCAUCCAUGCCGUGGGAAGCAGACUUCUGGAGGAAGCACGAGAGAGAGUCUUCAAGAGAUGCUGCUGAAUCUAACGGCAGGGCUGCUCAAGGGAAGGGAGAAGCAGACGAGGAAACACCAAUGAAAUAGAGAGCCGAAUGACACCAAGUCACGACCUGUCAGGUCUGAAACAAGACGAUUCGAAAGAUCCACAGUGAAGCUGAGCUAUCCCUCAACAGUCAUGUCAGCACCAACGCCUCAUAUUUAGAAUAAUAUAGCCAAAAUAAAAUAUAUUUGAGACAUAAAAACAGAUCAAAUGUAGGAAUGAGGGCGUUUAAGACUCUUGAAAAGAUGUUUUUAAGACUUGAGUCCUGCUGCUUGUUUCGAAAAGAAUACAUUAGUUUAAUUAUGUGCUGGAAUCUACCUUAAGUCACGUCUAUUAAAACAACAUUCAAAAGACACAAAAAAAGAGGUACAUAAAAGUUAUCUAGCAUGAAAUAUAACCAUAUAUAGCCAGGAUUAUAAUCAAAGCUUUUAGACUUGAAGCAGAUCUUCCUGAGGUCUGUAACUAGAUUUUUUAAAGAGGCAAUGAGGGCCGGCAAAGUUAAGACAAUACAAGGAAAGCGUGCUUUUCCUGUAACGGACAGCGUACCUGACACCGACUGACACCUCGAGCUCAUUAAAGCGAGCAGGUCUGCUGUGGAUCCAUGCAGCCUCACAAUGUCGGGGAAGUGCUUGGACUGUGUAGGGAGGACCUGGACUGGCAGCAGAGGGGGAAAAGAGACGCCAUUGUUUGGUUUGGACCGCUGGCUCGACCAACAAGCAAGGCAUUGUACAGUACUUUACUGCUGACUCGUCAGCAGCAGCUACUAUGUGUGUUGUAAAAAAAAUAUUGAGAGAUUUCAAACUCAAAAUAAGUCAAUCAGCUUUUUUGUUAUUUUUAUUUUAAUUUUACUGACUGUUUGGUGUGUUUAAAAUGGAGGACAGGUUUGUUUUUGCACUUGUCUUUUCUUACUCCAAGUUUUUCCUCCUGAAAAUAACAAUAGUCGCACUCCAGGGUCAAAUCAGCCCUUUUACUGUAUAACUUUAAGAUUAUUUGUUAAACUUUUUUAACACGAAAUGCAGCACUACCUGUGGAU